CAAGUGUCAAAAUGGCGGCAAGGGAAGAGGAAGAGAUGACAUCGAAAUGGCAAAAUCGUUUACCUGAUCACUCAGUUUUUAGAGAACUUCGCAACAAAGAGGAAGAUAAUAGCUUGCAAACAGCAGAAGAUGCUAAAGAGAGUAAAACGAAGAAUAUUUUUCUCGAGAAUGACGGUGAAUUAUUUGUGUGGAAUUCGGCUAAAAGCAGCUUGCUGACUGCAAACCUUAAGAACCUCCAUUUUGAUAAUGAACGCGCUGAUAAAUUCCAAGUAAAUGAACACUGUAUUUCUUAUUUCAUUGAUUGAUUGUUUGUUUGAUCGAUUGAUUGAUUUACUGACUGACUGAUUUGUUGACUGAUUGAUCGACUGAUUGAUUGACAGAUUGAUUGAUUGAUUGAUUGAUUGGUCUACUGAUUGAAUGAUUGGUUGAUUGAAUGAUUGAUUGACUAACUGAUUAAUUGAUUGGUAAAUUGAUUGACUGAUUUGCAAAGUGGCACUCUGAUCUUCUAGAAUUAAAAAAGCUGUAGUUUGGCUUUAAUAACUAAUGUAAAUAAUCAUUAGUGGUAGCAAAGUGAUAAGCUGACUGAAUGAUGCAUUGACUUCUUGAAAACAUUGAUUUUUGUCAACAGACCUUUGUUUGCACCGAAGCCCCUCUAUUUGACGUGGAUUCUAUGCUGUUCAGCCCAUCCUCCAAGUAUCUUGCUCUCAUAGGAGAAAGAGGAAUAGUAGUUCUUGAGAUGCCGAUUAGAUGGGGCAAGUUUGCUGAAUAUGAUGGUGGAGAACCAUCAGUUAUGUGCAGGUAAUCUUUACCUAGGACGAGCUCCAACAUCCUUAGGAGAAACUUCAUUAUUAUAAAUUGGAGGGGGCUAGGGUUUCCCUCUUUCUCCACUGCCCACUGCCCCUUCCCCCAUAAAUCUACAGACAUUGGUGGUCCCAGGAGCCAUCGGGUACCUUGAAUGAAUUGUCCAACCCAAGUGACUUUUGAUAAAUUUCUUGGUUCUCCCUGCAAAAAAAAAUGCCCUUUGCCACAAUGGAAGAAUUUGACCUGAGUUCAAAAGUCAGUCAGGGCCUUUUUUCAUGCAUACCAUCUAUGAGAGGUUUACUGUAGCUUAAGGAAAUUCCUUGGAAAUAUUCAAAUUUCAUUCCAUUGAAGCACUGUAUGUGAUACUGAUUAUUUUGUUAUUUUUAAAAAAUUACUAAUAAUGGUAAACAUGAACAGUCUGCACUGUUCAUUUCGGACAAUAAUAUUAUCAUUAAGAUACAUUGUACAGCAGAAAAUAAUUUAUUCAGAAAUAAUAAAAAAGACUCACCUACAAAUGAACUUAAUGGCUGUUUUCCUUUUAGCCUUUUCAUCACCAUUUUCUGUAAUAAUAAUUUUUCUCCUUUUUAGAACAAUUCCAGUUGAUGCAAGAUUCUUUGUUACUCACCAAAAGAUCAAAGUUCUUGAUGUUAAGUGGCACCCUGGAAGCCACACAGACGUUCACCUUAUGGUUCUUACAUCAGAUAAUAAUUUGAGGUAUUGUCCUUGGUGCUAAUGUUGAAGAUCAAAGUGAAAUUCAAGUUAAAAUGGUUUCAAUCAACAGUAGGUUUAUUUCCAGUUUCCUUUGUUUCUUACACCCUAAUUAUUUAUCAUCAGGAAUAAUUAGGGAUGGGAGACAAAGGAAAAUAAAAAUUGAGAAUCAAUGUAGGUUGAAAUCAUUUUAAUCUGAUUUUUGUUUACCUACAACACUUAUAUUUUCUUUAUGUUAAACCUUCAAAUCCAAUAUUACUUUUCUUCUCCUAAAACAUUUUCCAUUAAAACUAGUUAUGAGAAGUGGAAGUAUAAAUAUGAAAGUAUCUUAGCGGCCAUUCCAUUGUAGUGUUCCGGAACACACACCCAUACAUGUGUACCUCUUCCACUGAGUCUGUGUGGUUUGCUUCAAACACUCCAUUGCAGUCACAUUACUUUGCUUCCUAGCCUUAUAGUAAUUCAGGAUUAAUAAGGGCUCUGAGACAAUGGAAAUUGAGAGUCAACCUACAUGUAGGUUGAAAAAUGCAAACUCAACCUUUUGAAAAAUUAUUAUAACCUGAAUUUAAUAUCCUUUGUAAUUCACACUUGGCUCUCACAAUGAGAGGAACAAAACAAAAGAAAUGAAUUAUUAUAAUUUAUCACUGUAUCUCAAUGUAUUUUCUUUUGUUUAUACCCCUCAGCCUUGAAGCCAAGUAUGAAUUUUAAUACAUGUAAUUAUUUCAAAAGUGGCCUAUUUCAACCUAUAACAUAAUAAGUAAAAAAAAUUGAAAUAAAAUUAUUUAUCCAUACAUUUUCUUUGUUACUGUCCAUUUGUAUCAUAUACAGACUCUACAAUGUACUUAAACCAACUUCUCCAGAAGAACUAAUUCCAUUAGGAGAAUCUUCGUCAAUGACUGCAGAGUACAGCAGAAAGUCCAUGUCUGUUGGUUCAAUGUCAUCAUUUGCAGCAGCCCUUGGAGAAACUGCCAUUGCCUUUGAUUUUGCACCAGCUGUUAAUGUUGUUGAUUUGAAAGGAAGCUACAGAUCUAGUGAAACUGAUGCAGAAGUAGCCCAUCCUAUCUUUAUUCUGAGAGAAAAUGGAGACAUCUACUACCUUGUUCACAAAAUUUCCUCAAGCAGGUGUGUUGUCUUUGACUGACUGUUGUUUGACUCUCUCCCUGUUAGUCCCCUGGGGAACAUUAUUUUCUCAAAAGUCCCGGUUUGCAGUCAGUCAGGCCCAAAAUCAAAUAUUCAGAUAUUGAAAUAUAGGGAAUAAAUGUACAGGCCCUGGCUAGCAAACUUCCACAUUUUGUUUCAUAUUAACUGAUAGUUUUAUCAUGUUUGAUGCCAACCUAUUGAAACCUCUAUCUUGCAUGUAAACAACAACACCUUUGCGGGCCCGUUAAUGAUCAGGACUUUCGAGAAAGGCGCCCCAGGUGCCAGUUGUUCAAUAGGUGGAUGGCGCUAUCCACCAGAUGAAUCCCUCUCCAGCGGAUAGCACAAUAUUUGUUUUCCUAAUACUUAUCCACUGGAUAGUGAUUUAUCCAGUGGAUAGCCUAUUUUACCUUUUGAACAAUUGUGGCCUGACAUUAUUUUUAACUUUAAGUAGGUAAUAUUACUAAUGCAAUGUAAUGAACUUUGUAAUGUAUCAUGCGUGAUUUAAAUUCAACAAUUAUUUGAAACUACGGAACACUGAUGAUGUCAGAUGUACUGUCAAAACAUGUCUGGAAAAUUAAAGAAGGAUGUAUUGUUUCUGUGUCUGUGUUAAUCCUUUGAGUCCAAAGUAACCAAGAUCAAUUUUCUCCUUACAUUAGCAGUAAAUUAUCAAGAGAAAAGGUUAUCAGAGUUCAUAAAACGAUCAUCUAAGGGAAAAUGCUUAAUGAUCAGCCUUUUAUCAAAUUCUCUCAGCUUAAUCUUUUAGGCAAUGCAUGAAGAUCAAUAUGGAGAAUUUGUAUGUGAAUAUUAGGGCUUAAAGAGUUAUAAUUUGGCAACACAAAAUAGUUUAGGAAAUAUAAUAUUAUUUCCUUUCAGGCAUCAACUAGCACAGGUGAAUGGCCCAUUGUCUAUGUAUCCCGCGGCAGAUGAUAAUUACGGACUGGAUGCCUGCUCUCUGCUCUGUCUACAUUCCCAGCCUCCCAUUGUUGCCAUGGGAACAGGGAGUGGAAAAAUUUAUCACUGUAUUGUUCUAGAAUCAGAAGAGGCUUUCGACCCUGAAGAGGUUAGUUUUGAAAUGGCAGAUUCUUGGUCACUUUCUUAUUGGGCUUUGUUAUUGGUUUUUACACCAAAACAGCAUUGGGUGUCUUCUGUUUAGAGAAGAAGGUAAUAUGGUGCAAAAUUAGAAAAUAGAUGUGACUGUCUGAAGAGUUUUGUUUGAGGUUGUAGUUUUUGCUAGGCAAUCGCAACCUUUGUGCUGAGUUACACAGAAGUGUUUUUAAAACCCUAGGUUUUAGCCUGGCUGGCCGUAAGGGUUAGAAGGUUACAACUUUUGUUGUAAAUUGAAUUUGCUUUAGGAAAUUGCGUCUUGGAACAGACAUGGAGUUGACACAACUGAUGAUAGUCAUCCCAAGCUUUCUCUUUAUGUUAAUGAAUGCAUUGAGCUGCAGAUGUCUAUCUUGCCUGAUACAACAGAAUCUCAGUCAGAUAGGAGUUCUACUGAAGAUGAUUCAGAUGAAAACGAAGACCCAUUAGUUUUGAGACUACAACAAGGUAUAAAGCUGUUCGAAACUAAUUGUGAAAUGUUCACUAUAGGUCGUGGUUUUUACUAGUUUUCCAUCAUCAUUUCAUUAUCACACCAGCGUGCAAAGAAAGUCAUGUCCGAUAGCCCAGGGCUAGUGGAUUUUGCUAUCGGGCUAGUGUUUUUUGUUCUUAACUUGUCUAGUGGGCAAGUGCUGUUUUUUGGGGAAAUUCAAAUUACAGAAGGAUUAUUAUCAAUCCUGCUAAUCAAAAAGGGUUUUGGGGCUAGUAGAAAUGACUUGUGGGCUAGUAUAUGCUAUCUAAAGCUUGCCUGAAUGGCAGGCUGUAAAACUGAUUUUCUUUGCACCCUGCACACCCACCACCAUUAACAUUUUUAUCAUCAUCAUCAUCAUCAUCAGCAACAGCGUCAUUAUUUUAUGUUAUCAAACACUUGUCUAUUAGCAUAUGUUUCACUCUGUAAUAGUGUUUUGGACGACCAAAUUACUGUAUCCCAUCUUCUAUCAACCAGUUAUUCUUUACCUGAGAAAAGGCAUAAUAAUUUAAUAAUAAUUUAUUGAGGCUGCCUCUGCUAGAAGAGAAUAAUCCAUUAAUUAUUUUUUUAGAUUUAUUUUUACAUGUUUCCUUCCAGAUCCAGCGUCUCCUUACCAAUAUCACUGUUCACACAGAAACGGCAUACACACGGUAUCCCUGCCAUGGGUUAAGAAACUACAAGGUUUCUGUGCACAAGGUAAUAAAUGUAUAAACUUGCUCACAGGUUAAUUUCUUUGAGCUACCAAUUUUGCAUAAACCGGUAAUGAAAUAGUAAGAAGUGACUGAUGACCCUACCCAAAUGGAUCUUUAAAAAGUCUAUGUAAUGUAAUGUAACAGUAGUUUCUUGUUCUCACUACACUACCCUUGCUCCCAGAAGUUUUCUCUUUGGAUAAUUUCAUUAUUUGCUGUUCAUUGCAGUACAGGCUGAUGAAAAAGGCCCUUUAAAACUUUCUUAUACUCUUACUCUCAAAUUAAGCCUUUGUUCUACAAACAAACAAAUGGAAAUUAGAAGACAAUCAGUUACUAAAGUUGAUCAGAAUUCAAUGGUCAACAGCACAAUCUUUCCUGAUGGAUAUCAAAGUAGUAGUUUCAUAUAUUCUCUUUUAUAGAUGGUCAGAGUAAUUUUGAUCCUGAUGAAGCAGCCAUAAUAUAUCACAUGAUCUGUACAUCCCCAGCAGGAUCAAGGUACUUACUUAGACUUUAUUUACUUUUCGUAAUAUCCAUACCUGUCUCCCCUGUUUUUUCCUGUUUGUCCCUUUUAUCUUUGUCAAUUUAACAAAUCAACAACAAUAAUAUGUUUUGAACAUGGUCUAUACUCUAAUUUAGACGUAAAAAUAGUGUCCUCAAUUAGUACUUUUGUGCUCAAUACCUUAACACUCAGUUUAAGUGCUCUUUUUUUCAAGGUGUAUGUGCAUUCAUUUUGGUUAUGCUUGUACUCUUGCAGUUCAUCAUCUCCAGUAUUAGGUGUUUGUGUGGUAAACAGUAGAAUCCUUGGCUCCUCAAUGCUUUGUUUGACUUCAGACAUGGAAUGUAUUGUUAGACCUUUGAGGUAAGCAGGAAAGUGAUCACAAGUAAGUAGAGCACAGAUAAUUUAUAGAUUGGACACGUGAACAAGAGUCAUCUUGUGAAGACCUGUAGAAGGACCAGAAUUCCUCCAGUGAUUAAUUCAGUCAUUAUUUUCACUUUUUUACUUUGCUCUGCUUAAUUACAUAUCGCUGCCGAGUCAAAGUUGGUAUAACAGCUGAUGUUUUCCUAUGUUUGUCUGUAGUCUACUUAGCAGGGUGCCCUCUCCUCCAACAAUAGAAACAGAUCAAGAGAAAAGUUAUGAAAGGUCAGCUUGAUGCAUCUUCCUUGUUUAUUUUGUAUUGUGACUAUAAUAAGGAACUCGAGAGUUUUAAAGAUCCAUAUGUAACUUUCCUUUAGAGUGAAAAGCCCCAGUGGAUUAUCAUUUAGUAAUGAUUGUUCUGUUUCAAUUUUGGUUCAAAUUUAUAUUUUCCUUUGUUUCAAACCUGUCAUUUGGCAGUACCAUGGUAACAGCAGUCACCUCGACAACAGUCAUCAUGACUGCAGUCAACAUGAUUUAAGUUACCAUGCAUGACAGUGGUUACCAUGACAGUAGUCACCUGUUACUAAUAUGACCAAAGUUAAUAAUAAUAAUAAUAAUAACAAUAAUAAUGGCAUUAUUCAAAAGAAUCCACGAGGUGGCUCUUCUUCUUUUGAAUCUAUCUGAACUAGCUAUCUAGCAAAAAAGAAAAUUUACUAAUACAAUGUACAUUAAAAGUAGAUAUAAAGAACUUCAAGGUUCAAGACUUGGAUGUCACGUCAUGGUGGUUUAUCUAGUUUGUUUGAUCUGAUCAUUGCUCUGAUAGAUUUUUGUCCCACUACAUUUCCCCUUUCCUUUAAAGUCUUGAAACACUUCCAAAUUCUUCUUUGAUGAGGAAUGCAGUAUUAAAACCUGAACUAAAAUACAUUACAGAUAAAUUAAACUAUAUUACUUUUAAUGUCAAUCAUAUAUUUUAAUAAUAUUAAUCUACUGGGCAGUUUUCAUGCCAACAAUUUAGAUUUUUGUUUUCUUCUUUUUAACAGUGCUGGCUUUUCACCAAUAAGACAAUUGAAUGUAGGAUUAUUUAAAACCCAGAUUCAACAGAUUUUAACAAGAAACACAUCAACACCCCUGUUAAGGUGGGUUUAUGAUUUGUGAAUAGCAUACAGUGUAACUGUUUGGAAAUAUAAGGGAGGUAAUGGCUAAAAGGAAUUAAUUUGAAUUUCAGAGUGCAUUACAUAAUUAUUAUACAAAGAAAAAUGAGAUUGCAGCAGGUAGCUAUAGCUAGCUGAGGGUAACUGCAGGUUGCACAUAAAAACACAUUUCCAGCAUGACAUAAAGAAUUUUGUAAAAAGAAUGAAUGAAGGUUAACAAUGGAAUAUUACCCACUGCAUCUCUCACAUCAAGUCUAUGCACUUCUUAACUUAGUGUAUAGUAAACACUUUCGUAAUCCUAGAGGUCACUCCAUGGGGAUACUCCAGAAAUAUGUCACAGGGAAAUGCAAAUAAUGGAGUCAUAAAUUGAAACUUAAAAUAGCAGUACUUUCUAGAAUCUCCCAGUCACCAUAAAUGAAAAUCCGGAGGAGCUCCCCUUCCCUUCUCUCCCCAGGGAGGAUUUUACACACAAGUGAUUUCUCAGUAAAGAUCAGUUAUUCCACUAUGGUGUAGCCUACUACAAUUGUAAUAGUGCAGCCAUGCAGUAAGUGAUGCAAAACAUGUGCACACACCUUAACUUACGAAGAACGUGCACACGCGUGGCUUGUUUUAUUUUCACAAUGUCCUGUCUAUCUGAGAGCCAGCUGGCACACGGUGACUAUAGUGUCGUUUUUUCCUAAGUAGACAAGAGCAGGAAUGUUAAAUGUAUGUACCACCGACUCAAUAGUCAGACCUAAAUUGUCCUCACUGUGAAAGCCACGGUUUAUUCAACUUAGAUUUGUUAUUCUCUGUAGAGCUGGUGAGGAGUCAGAAAAGCUUUCACAGGAGGACUGUUUUCAGUUGCUUAUUCAAGCACAAGAAAUUUUAAGGAAAGAGUACAUUCAGAAACAGAACAAAGCCAGGGAAGAAAUAGAAAAAAGGUAAAGGCAUUUUGUUUCUAAACUUUCAAAAUAAUUUAACAACAGAGACUUGACAGGGGUGAGAUGAAAAUCUUAACAAAAAAGGGGUUCCCUUUUACUAGUGACUAGUACCCAGCCCAGAGCAGUUGCACGGUACUACCAUCCUUUUUUCGCAAACAUUACUUCAUAUGGGCAUAUUUUACUUGCCCAUUGGACUGCUUGUGAUUAAAACAUGCUAGCCCAUGCCAAUGGGUUGCUCUAUUAGCCUAGGCUACUAGAUGGUACAACUUUUAAGUUAAAAGUAUUUAGCCAAUAUACACUGCCCUGCUCCUACCAAGGUGACAGCCACAAAACUUAAAAUUGACCAACACAAGCCCUACAUGUAUCAUUGUGGUUUUAUAACAUUUGAAUGUAAGACUUUUUAAACAGUCAUAAUAAAUGUAAAAUGUUUUGAACAGUCGCUUACAUAAGUUAUUGCAGGGACUAUAUGAGACCUUAUUUCCACAGUUUUGAACAUUUUGUAUAUAUUGUAGAUUUCCACUAUAACUAAUAUACUGUAUUUAUUGCGUGGUAGGUUUUCUCUCUUUAUAUUGUUAAUAUUCUUAUCGCAAUAGUUAGUAUUAGCCAGUUAAUUUUAUAAUUUUUUGAAAAGCCGCUUCAGGAAAGAUAAUAAAAUAUGUAUGUUUGUAUAAACGUAUGUAUAUGGGUAUGGUUGAACACAAAAAUGACUUAAAAGAGUUUGUUCAUUUUAGAUUGUAAGAUUAACACAAGAAAUUGUGGGAACAGUGAAAAGAGUCAUACUCUUUAUCAUUUUGAUAAAGCUACGUAAUCAAGUACUUGCAAGGUCUAAUUUUAUUUGAAAUUAGUUCUUGCAAGUAAAUGAUUUAAAUUAUUUAAUUUAAAUCGUCUUUUUCUCAGAAUUUCCAUACUUAAGGAUCAAAAAGAGAAACAGAAGCAACACUUGGAUAAACUGCAGAGCACCAGUAAAGAGCUCAAAGAACAAACAGAAAUGCUUGGAGAGAAACUGGUGGAUGUGUCUGAAACUUAUCAGAACCUUCUGGGCAGGUACCUCUAAUUCACAUAGUCUACAUUUAUUAUUAAAGAAUUUGUUGAGAAAAUUUGAUCAAAGAUGAAGGCAUUUUCCCUGUGGUGAUCAUUUUAUUAAUUCUCAUAAUUUUUUAUGGAUAUUGUCAGAAGAAAAUUGACAUUCCUCACUGUUAAGCCUUAAAUGGUUCAAGUUUGGAAUAGACCUUGUCACGGGUUUCAACGCCAUCUUGAUGAGUAGGCAAACUUGUGAGAAAUUACAGUGUUUGUAUGAGAAUCUCAUGUCGAAUAAUUUCCAUAGUACGGCUGUUCUGAAAGAAAUAUGAAUUGUAAACUAAAGCUUCACUCCUAAGGAUUCUACUGAAAAAAACUAAGGGUGUUAUAUGCGUUAGUUGAAGACCUAGAACCACUUUUUAAAAUUUUCUAUGCAUUUGUCUGUGAGAAAGUCGCACGAAAAAUUACAGACAAAUAAAUGGGAAAUCUAAGGCAAGCCUCUGGAGAAAUUUAAGCAGAGGUAAAGUCCUUUGUUUUGUAGUUUUAGUUUACAAGUUACAUUUUUUCAAGAACAGCUGUUUUACAGAAAUUAUUCGACAUAAGAUUCUCAUUCAAACACUGUAAUUUCUCACACGUUUGCCUACUCGUCAAGAUGGCGUCGAAAACCGUGACAAGGUCUAUUUUUAAAGCAUUUGCUCCCCUCUUCUAAUUUUAGAAUUGUAUAAUAAUAAUCAUUCCUUUCAUCUUCCGAUAAUUAUUAUAGGAAGAUGAAUGGAAAGAUUUGGGCAACCUUGCAGCUCUUGUAAGACCUCACAGGAUUGGUUGGGAAAAGAAUGAACAAACAAAGUUAACAAUAGAGCUUAGCCUAAAAACAAAAGAGCUGUAACCCAUAGAGGUCAACUUAAAUUUGGGGUUCUGAAGAGCUGCAAGUCUACAGAAAGAUUUACAAUGUAUGCUACAUUGAUUGUUAAGGUUAAGGAGUGGAAACAAAUCUUUGCAUUUUAUCUUCACAGACUUGAAGGUCUAUACAAAUACAUACACAAUGGUAUCUCUGUGUUGUCCCUUGCUGAGACUAAGAUGAAAAAAGAGUUAGAAGAGAUUGAAACAUUUUUAAAAUUCCACAAAGAAUCACUGCAACAAGUGAGAAUUUUCAUGAGUGGUCAAGUUGUUGAUUAUUAGAGCGGUUUACACUUGACUGUCGAAAGUAAUUGAGGAAUUGGUUUGGUUUUGGUUUUACUACGCCCUUUGGUUGGCUAGUGUAUUUACUUUGGUUUUGGUUUUACAACAGUCAAGUGAAAACCGCUCUAUAAUCAUAAUAUUUUUAGUAAUGUCAUGAUCAUACUAAUGAUACAGUUAGUAGCAAUAUUAUAAUGUAUAAUCAUGCUCACUUCAAGAUAAACACUCACCAUCUUAACACUCAACCAGGCUUUUCAAGUAAACUCCCACUAGUUUUGAUAACAGUGACUCUUGUUGUUUGAGAGGAGUGUUGUGCAAAACGCCACUUACACGGUGGGGGUGGGGUACUCUGAAUCCUAAGUUAUGGGGAUGACUGCGUAGGGGAAAGGACAAAUCCAAACAAAACCUGCAGGAUUUUCCAAAAAAAUGUUUCAAAAAUCCUGAACCCAAAAGCUCUUAUGACAAAUGUCUGUCCCUCACAAAUUCACUACAGCAAAAUGGGAAUUCCUGUAACAAUAAAGCCAGGCAAUAAACACAAUAAAUAAUAAAUAAUCUACAGUCAACUCUCUUUAAGAUGGACACCUUUGGGACUGUCACUAAUUGUCCAUCUAUGGAGUAAUGUCCAUCUUAUAGACAGUCAGCUAAAGGGAGUAAUGAGCUAAAGGGAGUAAUGAGGCACCAACUCAAGGUGUGUUUUACUGAGGUAUCCUUCUUAUCGAGGUGUCUGCUAAGAAAGAGUCAACUGUAUUAGACUUUAUUGAAACCCUGUUGGAAACAUGUGGGAGCAUAACAAGGAUAGCCUUCCUUAGAUCUUUGUGGUGGAGCUCUGACUAUUGAUUUAUGUUUAUUCUUGCUUGUUACAGAUUAAAGCCAAAAGGUCAUAUUCAUUGAGAAAGAGUCCAAGAAAAUCAAUGUCACCCUCAAAGUUACCAGUAGUCAGUGCUUCGCAGCAAAGGAACAUUAAAAAAAUAAUGACAGAAGAGUAAGUUAAUAUCAACAAUGAUUAUAGACUUCAGCUUAUCUUUGAGUUAGACUUGUCAUCCAUUUAUCAAAUGAGAGGGGCAGUGUUGACAAGUGGUUAAAGCUUCAGAUGUGUGAUCCAAAGGUCUCAUGAUCCAGGCUUUAAUCUUGUCCUUACCUCUUAUAACCUCUAGUUUAAUAUAUUUACAUAACCUUUCUCCUUUGCUACAACUAUAUUUGCAGGCUGUGUAUGUAUUUAUUUUGUAACUAAGAUUUGGAAAAUAAGAAAGUUAUUUUUUGUAUUUUUAUAUCUUUUAGGAGUGAUAUGAUCACAGACCUUGUAAAUCAAGUCAAAGAACUAAAAGUGCAAGUUGGGUUGUAGGUCUAUGUUGUCUGUACAUUAAAAAAAGAGUACUAUUCCUUUUGGAUUACUCAGCGUGGAAAGCGAUUUCAUAAGCUGAUGCAAAUUUUGCAUGUGAAAAUCUAGCCAUGGCAGGUACUUACAGAGGAAGACGAAGAGGAAAAAUUGGGUAUCCCCAAGAAUGUGAAGGGUACUUUUAUAUAUACCCUUCUUUGGCUCUUCCCUUCUAUUUCAACUACUUACCUGGCAGUCUUUUUAUAAUGCUAAACUUGAUUAUGAUUCUCAGCAAACUGUGGUAGUCGAACGAGGCCAUGAGACUAAAAGUGAUUAAUCUGAUGUUCAGAUACUGAGAAGUCUCCCUUGGAGUUGUUUUUGCAAGACAAAAACGGCUGCAUGGGAGACUAGAUACUGAAAACUGAGUUUAAAACAUGAGACACAGCAAAGUUCUAUGAUACCACCUAUUGAGUCUUUGAUUAUUAUAGUUUCUAAACUGAGAAAUAUUUCUUGGAGAUAAUCUAAACCAC